UGGGACAAAACUGUUUAGCAAAAGUAUAGUACUGGAGGGACUUGUCUGGUUUGGUGCUAUCAGCCUGCCCUGUGCUCCACGUGGCUGGCGAUAGAAUCCUCUGCUGAUGGAGAGAGAGAAGCUGGCAUUGCCCGCUGACGGUGACCUGUCUGAUUUACCAGAGUCCCAACUUGGCAGUCCCUCUGCUGAGAGCUUCGAGCUCAGCUCGACAGAGCCCCCUGCCAGAGAUGGGUGGGACAGUAAAAUGGAGUAUUUUCUAGCUCAGGUGGGCUUCAGCGUUGGUCUUGGAAACGUCUGGAGAUUCCCCUACCUCUGCCAUCAGAAUGGAGGAGGAGCCUUCCUCCUCCUCUACGUGCUGCUCAUGGUCGUCAUGGGGAUCCCUCUGUUCUUCUUAGAGCUGGCGGCCGGCCAGUCCAUCAGACAGGGCAGCAUCGGGGUGUGGAAACACAUCUCACCCAAACUCUCAGGGAUUGGCUACUCCAGCUGUGUGGUGUGCUUCUUCGUAGCUCUUUAUUACAAUGUGAUCAUUGGCUGGAGCCUGUUCUACCUGGGGAACUCCUUCCAGUACCCCCUGCCCUGGGAGCAGUGUCCUCAGCAGGGUAACACUACAGUGCCGGAGUGUGCUGCCAGCUCGCCCACCACAUACUUCUGGUUCCGGAAGGCUCUGGACACCACGGACUCCAUCAACGAGACGGGCCAGUUCAACCCAGUUCUUACCUGCUGUCUGCUGGGGGCCUGGACCAUUGUGUGCUUGGGCAUGUUCAAGGGCAUCAAGUCCUCCGCAAAGGUGAUGUACUUCUCCUCUGUGUUCCCCUACGUGGUGCUUCUGUGCUUCCUCAUCCGAGGGCUGCUAUUGGACGGAGCCACCGACGGCAUCAAAUACAUGUUCUACCCCAAGCUGAAGAUCUGGGGCGACGUGCAGGUGUGGCGCCAGGCAGCUACGCAGGUGUUUUUUGCCCUGGGUCUAGGCUUCGGCUCGGUCAUCGCCUACUCCUCCUACAACCCCAAGAACAACAACUGUCACCGCGAUGCCUUCACCGUCUCCGCCAUCAACUUCCUCACCUCCGUCCUGGCCUCUCUCGUGGUGUUUGCAGUGCUGGGGUUCCGAGCCAAGACGUUUGCCUUGCAGUGUGUCGCCAGGAAUGUGAGGAGGCUGUCUGAGCACGGGUUGGACGAGAGCCUGUGGCCCAGCUUCAACAUGUCCGCUCCAGAGAUGGUGUCCCUGGAGGAGUACUCUGGUUGGUACAGCGCCCACGGAGCCCAGGCUCCUGGCAACCUCUCAGACUGCAGCCUGGAGAAGGAGAUGAGCACGGGUGUGCAGGGGACCGGUCUGGCCUUCAUAGCGUUCACCGAGGCCAUGUCUCUGUUUCCAGGCAGUCCCUUCUGGUCGGCCCUGUUCUUCCUCAUGUUGCUCAACCUGGGCCUCAGCACCAUGUUCGGCACCAUGGAGGGCAUCCUGGCGCCCCUCACAGACAACUUCAAAACCCUUUCCAACAACAAGACUAAACUCACAGUGUUCGGCUGCGUGACUGGUUUCCUGUUUGGCCUCGUCUUCACCCAGCGCUGUGGGAACUACUUUGUCAUGAUGUUAGACGAUUACUCUGCCACCCUGCCUCUCAUCAUUGUGGUCGUGUUUGAGACGUUCAGUGUUUCCUGGCUGUACGGAGCCGAUCGGUUCCUCAACGACAUUGAGAAGAUGCUGGGCUGGCGCCCCCAUGUGGUGUACAAGUACCUGUGGAAGUAUGUGUGCCUGCUGGCCAUGCUGGGCCUUCUGGCUGCCAGCCUCGUGACCAUGGUCAUCAGCCGGCCCACCUACACCGCCUGGAACCACACCACGGCGACCGAGGUGACUCUGGAGUACCCAGACUGGGCCAUCGUCGUCCUGUCUGGCCUCAUCCUGUUUGCCAUCAUGCCCGUCCUGCUGGGCUACCUGCACGCCACGCUGAGGAGCAGAGCCAAGCAGCGAGACAGAGACAGAGAGGCAGUCACCUACAGCAGGUGUGCCAUGGAGUAGAGCCCCCCCCCCCCCCCCCCCCCC